GAAACCUUGGCGGGGAGACUCGGCCCCCAAAGCGGAGGCCGUUUGAGGUGUCCGCCGCAGCCGAUGUGGCCUCAUGGAUGAGUUGGUACAUGACUUAGCCUCAGCCUUGGAGCAGACAUCAGAGCAGAGCAAGCUUGGCGAACUGUGGGAAGAGAUGGCCCUGAGCCCCCGGCAGCAGAGGCGGCAGCUUCGUAAACGGAGAGGCCGGAAGCGCCGUUCAGAUUUCACUCACCUGGCAGAACAUACCUGCUGUUACAGUGAGGCCUCUGAGUCAAGUCUGGACGAGGCCAUUAAGGACUGUCGGGAAAUGGCACCUGUCACCAAUUUUAGUGACUCUGAUGACACAAUGGUAGCCAAACGGCAUCCAGCUCUCAAUGCCCUUGUUAAGAGUAAGCAGCAUUCUUGGCAUGAAUCUGACUCUUUUACUGAAAAUGCGCCUGGUCGACCACUCAGGCGCCGAAGGAAGGUGAAGCGAGUGACGUCAGAAGUGGCUGCCAGCCUUCAACAGAAGCUUAAGGUAUCAGAUUGGAGCUAUGAGAGAGGCUGCAGGUUCAAGUCUGCUAAGAAGCAGCGUCUGUCCCGUUGGAAGGAGAACACACCCUGGACCUCAUCAAACCGUGGAUUGUGUGAAUCAGCAGAAAAUAGGGCUUUCCUGAGCAAAACAGGAAGGAAAGAAAGAAUGGAGUGUGAAGCAGAUGAACAAAAACAGGGCUCUGAUGAAAACAUGUCAGAAUGCGAAACCAGCAGUGUGUGUAGCAGCAGUGACACGGGGCUCUUUACCAACGACGAAGGACGGCAAGGUGAUGAUGAGCAGAGUGAUUGGUUCUAUGAAGGAGAAUGUGUCCCAGGAUUCACUGUCCCUAAUCUUCUGCCAAAGUGGACUCCUGAUCACUGCUCUGAAGUAGAAAGAGUAGAUUCUGGAUUGGAUAAACUUUCGGAUUCCACAUUUCUUUUACCUUCUCGACCAGUUCAAAGAGGAUUCCCAGGGUACCAUGCCCGCUUGAAUCGUCUGCCGGGAGCUGCAGCUCGAUGCCUCAGAAAGGGACGAAGAAGGCUUGUUGGGAAGGAGACCAGCAUAAGUACUUUGAGUGCUGAAAGACUAGGCCCCAUCAUUAGUGAUCCUCGGCAGAAAGAUUUCUGGUUACCAUCAGCUGGGAAAAGAGAACGAAAUCAGUUUAAUCCACUUUCUCCCCUUUACUCUCUGGAUGUUCUUGCUGAUGCUUCUCAUCGAAGAUGUUCACCAGCGCACUGCUCUGCCAGACAGGCUAACAUUCACUUGGGACCCCCAUGUUCACGUGACAUCAAGAGGAAACGGAAACCAGUGGCCACAGCCUCUCUGUCAAGCCCAAAUGCAGUUCAUUCAGAUACAGUGGCGCCUGCCACACCAGCAUCCCAGAUCCAGAAGUCUCCCAGCUCUGAGUGGUUGGUCAGGACCUGUGCCACAGAGAAAGCCAUGGACCAGGCUGCAGCUACAUUUUUUAAAACGCCACAAGAAAAGAGCCCUGGAGGCAGCUAAAGAGCAGCAUUUCACUCAGGAGCUGUCUGGCUGCUGUGCAGACAAGCACUAGACUUUGUGUUACAGUCUUGCAUAUCUCUGACAUUCCCAGUCCUUUCACCACCAGGCUGACUCUCCUUUGGGCAAAGGAGUGGAAAAUCAUAUUGUGGAAAUUAACUUAAAAAAAAAAAUCAUUAAAAAAGUUAGUAAAGUAUUGGGGCAGCAAUUUAAAAAAACUCAUCCUAUGCUAUAUUUGUUAUACUACUAUUGCUGUCUCAAUAGUUACAGAGCGCUCCAUUUUAGGGCCUUUGCUUUUUUGCAGGCGUCUUUGUUCUUAAAAAAUCUAGUAACUGCUUUUGCAUACCUUUUGUGUGGAGUUUUUAAUUACUUGAGGACGUUCCAAAUUUGCAGACAGUCCAGAUAAAUUUUAACUCUGAGUUAAGGGACAACAUGGAAUUGUAUUCUGCGGGAGGUAAGACUUGCCUUUGAGCCUGGUCUUGAUUCACUCAGAGUCGAGUGCCAGUAACACAAGUCCACCAAGUUCUUAAUCUGGAGCCUCAGAAGAGACACCAGCAGCACAGGCCUUGGGAGUGUCUUCCAUUUUUCUAGAAGGCCUAAUAGGAUCGCCAGCAUCUACAUUGUAUUUUGUCUCAUCUCCAAAGUUCAUGUUCUACCAAAAGUCGAGAUAUAUAUAUACACACACACACACACACAUAUAUAUAUUUAUAUAAAAUACCUACACACACAUACACACAGAAUAGUGUAAUGAAAUGAUGAUUUUAAGUGCACAGCAAACUUCAAGUAGUCAGUGAAUUGUUUCUUAAUAUUUCAUGUUGCAUUUAACCUCUUUGUACUAACGGGAUUUUAUUGUUAGUAUUAUAGGCCAAUAACCUGUAACAGACAUUCAUACUCUGUUGUUAUAAUGGCUUAGAGCUACCCCUUGGGGAGGAAAAAUGUCUUUUUGACCUGCCAUUAUAUUUGGCGUGUUUAUGAUGGCUUAGCUGCAUGUAGAGUUAUAUAUACAGCCGUGCCUGAAGUUAGAUGCUACUUUGUCAAAAUGAAGAAUAAGUCACUGCCUACAGCUACUGGAGAGAAGCCAACCUUUUUAAAAAAGUAUUAUCAAGAAUGUCUGUCAUUCAAAGGCCUGGUUGACAGAAGGACUCUUUUUUGGUACUGUUGAGUGCUUUUUUCUCUGAUAUACACUGAAGCUUUUCUUUAAGUGCCCACUGCUCUGGUAAUGUUCUCAAGGAACACCUAUCCUGCACUUGAGUAUUUUCUGUGCUUAAGUAGAAGCCAGUGGAAUAGUGCCUUUCCGUUUCUCACACAGAAUGCAGUGGUAGGCUGCGCUCUCACGGUGUCCCUUUUGGAGAGAGAGUCUAUACCUGUGAUUGCUGCAGGAUAUCUGGAUCAGUGGGGUGGGUGUGAGUCUAGCAAGAAAGCAGGACGUACAGCUCAGUUUACAUAGCACUUUAUGUAAGACUAAACAUUGUCAGUUAUUUUCUACAAGGAGUGUGGUGGAGGGAGCAGGGCGAGAUGACUGGUGAGGAAUGGUGCCAAAGCUACCCUAGUACCCCUGGGAGCCGUCCCUGCCUCCUCUACAGUGAGGCUGCGUGCUCUGGGCUGCUCCCACAGCAGAAUAGAAACUCAGAUAUAAAUAUAAAAUGGCACCGUUAAGUUUUAGUGACGAAGUUAGGUUUUGUUGUCAUUUCCUUUCUUACCUUGGUCCCCAUAGUGCCCCGAGGCACACAUUUCAAACAUAGUUUGUUGGAUUUAAGGGAAAAAAAUAUUCCCCAAGCUCUGUGGCUCCUUGGUGCUAUGACAGCGGCUUAUUUGAAGACCUCUGCAGUCCAGGGAGCAGACAUGUUGCCUAAUGGUUUUCCUUUUAACCUAUGAUUAAAAAUAAUUUAUAGCUACAAUUUUAUUUGCAUCACACCUCUGUGAUGUAAAGGUAAGUGACCGCUCCCAAGAACAGUCACGAAGUUUAGUGACUUGCCCAAAAUCACAUAAUCAAGAUUAUAAUCCCAGAUUUUCAGACUUUUUAUGCCUGCAUUUAUAAUCGUUGGUUUCUACUGCUAUAUGAGUUGAUCUGAGACCCGUAUCUGUGAAACAAUGCUGUGAAUGUCAGCCAGCUUUUGGGUGUGCUUAUCUACAUAUUUUGAAUAGUUUCAGUAGGGAUCACCCCAAAAUGCCAUUUCUUACUAAAUGGGGAAGAAAAUUAAUUGCCUAAGAGGAGAGUCAUUAAGCAUAUAAUACAUUUCCUAGCACAGGGUUGUAAAUUGUGCUCUUCAUUUUAAGCCACCGUUUGAGCUCCUGUACAAAAUUAUCAGCUUGCUCUGCUUGUUUUCUGUAGGAAUCAAUUCCAGAGAAAUAACUUUAGAAUUGAGUAUUUUGAAUUCUAAAAUUUAAAUUUCCUUUUUUAUGGCACUGUGUAAUGUCAUACUUUUAAAGACAUUUCCAUCAGAUUCAACAAGAUAUUUCAAAAUUAUGGGCUUUUUAAUUGGUGGAAAAAACUGGUUCCUUUGAGGAAGCUUGAGCUCACAUGUGUUUGAUCUGCUCAAAAGUAAUAAUUGAAGCUGUGUUCUUAUUUCAGGGGUCUGAUUUACCCCCGUGAGCUGCACUCUAUCCUAAUCUUAUGUAUUUUCCACAGCAGACAGAAGUCAAGACCUCUACUUGCAUGAGCAUCAUUCAUAAAAAUUUAGUUUUGCUUUUGGGCUUAAGGGGUUUUGAGAUUAUUUUUCAGAUGCAAUAUUUUAAAGGAAGGAAAAUCACUUGUAUCCAUUGCAUUUUAGUGGAAGGGUUCCAAAGAGGAAAUUAGUAGUUAUUUACAUGGCACCAAAUUUGGGGCAGGCAGUGUAUGAUCGUUGAAUGGUCAGUGCUUGUUAAUCAACCUUUGCCUUGAAUUCUUUAGAAAUUUAAUUCUGUUGAAAAUUUCAAAUGACAUGGUUUAACUAGGCUGUGAAAUAGACUAAGCAAGGUCAACAAAACAACAAAAACCAACUACUUAAUGUGUAUGGCAUCCUUUGCUAAGUAAAACUUCAGACUUAGUGACAGGUCAUUAAAUUCUUACUGAAACUCAAGUUGAUUAAUGUGACACAUUUGCAUUUGGGAAGAGAACACAGUAGAGACAGAUCGGGCAGUUCUGAUGCUGCACGGUAAAGGGGCAGAGUUAGUGCAGAAGUCAUGGAGACAUGAACAAGUCACCAGGCCCUGCGGGGGGAGCGGGCAUUGUCAUUGCUGAUGCCAUGGGCUCUCUGCUUAGUUUCCUGGUGAUGUGUGAUUCACUUCAGGGCUUUGUUUUAUUUUGGCUUCAUUACCGAGGCCCUGAAUCACACUUUUUCUUGGGGAGAGGGCUGUGUAAAUGUCCUAGAUUAGAAGCAGGACUCUGUUCGCUGUGUGUCUGUUGAACCUUCCUGAGCUUGGAUCAAAACUGAGGGACUUACUCUUAACCGCUGGCCUCAGUUGAGGCUUAGCUUUCAAGACACCUGUGGUUCCUGGGAUGGUGGGAGGGGUGGUGGAAGCAGUUUGCUCUUGCUGUCAGCUGCAACCUUUGUUAACUGUGGAGCUACCUGUUUCGUUUGUCAGUAUUUCUUUAUCUUCCAGUCCAUUCUGGACAGAUACUGGUGAGGGCAGCCACACAUGGGUUCCCACUCACUAGGAAGCUGGUACGUAGUAUAAUAUGUUGAAAUUGGUGAGUUCUGUCACUACCCCUAAAUGCAAGUGGCCAAGAUGCUUUCACUUACAUCAAGGUCACACAACAAGAUGGGUGUCACAUGCCUAGAAACAGCAACAUUUUGAAAGAAGCAAGGAAAAUGAUACUGCUGAAGAAAAGUUUUUAACAAACCCAGGACAACUAACCUUUCGCCAAGUGAAAUUUUCCUGCCAUUGCCAGUAGAUACAAUAACCAUUGAUAAAAUGCCAGGUAUAUGGAAUAAAUUUUUUUCAAACAGUAUUAAAGAAUGGAGAAGAUCCUAAAAAUGUCCACCAGGGAGAGCAAUGUUGGCGAGAUACCUGGAAGUAAGAAAAGGGGAGACGGCCGGAGCAGGGGUCCUUGGGGCCCUGGGCCAACAGCCUCAGCACAUUCUCGCACCCACCAGACCUACCGAAUCAGAAUCAGGGUGAAGCCUGGCAAUCUUUGCUCUAGCCCUUUGGGGAACUCCAGUGCGUGCUAACGAUUAGAACCACUGGCUUUGCCACAGUUGAAAAGUUUUAAUAUAUUGGUAACCCUCUAAGCUCUGAGGUGCCCUUUAUUUCCCUCCGUAAGUAUAGAAAUGUUUUGUGUAUGGUUCUUUGCAGAAAUUGUUAAUGUCUGUUUCCUGCAAUUUUCUCCUCAAGUUUCUGAAAAGAUCCCCUGGCAAUAUUGAGAAAGGUUGAUGUGGAGAAAAAACCAUCAAGGCCAUAUUUGGAUGGGUGGAAAUCACCUUUUAAAAGUGAAUUAAAAUACAGCAAUGAAUUUUCAGCUUGUGAUGGUCGUUUUUCACAA